CAUAAUCAAGAAAGCACUCUUUCCUCCAUUUCUCUCCUCAAUUCGACCAUAACCAUUUAAACAAAGCUUGCUUCAGAGCCUCUGAGAAAGAAAAUGGCAACGCCACUCGAGAAUUCAGAUAAAACGUUUCCCCCUGCAGAUAUAGACGGUGAAUUGAAUCCCGAAGCCAAUAGGCAAGUUCAAGUUGAUCCUAUCUCAUCUGAGGUUGCCGCCUUCAACAAGGAACAAGCGGAAGCCAAACUGAAGAAGGAGAGGGAGCAGAAGGAAGCCAUGCGCACACUAAAAUCUGCCAUUAUAAUUGCAGGCAUAGUUGCAGCUGUGGCUGGAGCUGCCUUUGCCAUAACCAAGAAGCUAAAAGAGAAAUGACCUUCCCCAAGGAUAUAAUUAUCAAAAGAUUUAUAUAAAUAUCAGAUUAGAUAGCAAUCUAAGUUGCUUUUGGCCCCCCCCAAUUUUUUCUUUUUAAUUGUCAAGUCUCUUUCUUUUGUUUGAUUUGCUCACAAGCAGAGGUUCUUACAAACAACGCCUCUACUCCGAAACAUUGAAACAUUGAUAUUAUCUGCCUUGAAAUGAAGUUACCUAAUAUUUUUUAAUCUAUGUCCCCACUAUUUGGAAGGUCAAUUUUUUAUCUGGGAGAAGGAAAAAUGUAAGCAUACUUUUUAAAUGCCGAGUCUUAGGAAAUAUCCUCCUCAAUAUUCAAAGUUUAAAAGUAUUCUCUAAA